AAACCGACACCAACUUCACUCGAAUCAUAAUUUCUACUGUCAAAAUUUUUUGACUGUUCGAUUCGUGGUUCACCAGGAUAUAGACAAAUAUUAAUAUAACAAUGGCCGAUAAAGUUGUUGAGAAACCAGCGGGUCGUCCCAUGAAAUUUCCCUACACAUUCUCAGCUAAAAUUGCCCAAUUUCCAUUCAAGUUCUACAUCCAGAACCAAUGGGUCUGGAAAUAUUAUUUAAUCGGUCUUGCUGUCUCAUUCCCAGUGUUCUACAAGAUCCAUAAGCUUGCUAACUCUCCCGAAAACAAAGCUGCCCAUGCUGCAGCCAAGAAGAAGGAGGCCGAAGCACACCAUCAUUAGAAGGCGUUUUAAUUUAGGGGCAAGCAUUCAUUUUAAGAUUGAUUCUAUUGAUUGGGAAUUCAAAAACACUGCUAAUAAUUUGUCGUU